AUGUCAGCGUUGCGGCCCAUCUCUCGAUUCGCUCCCGGGCGUCACCUAGCCCAGGGUCGUCCAUUCAACGCAGCAGUUUCGCCUGCGGUUCCUCAGUGUCGCGCCAUCAACACACAGCACCAUUUCGACACCCGACGGUUCGAGCUGAAACUCGAAAAGGAGGGAUUCACGCCGGAGCAGAGCAAAUCAGUCAUGAAGGCCAUGUCCCGCGUGCUGGAGGACUCGUUCAGCAACCUGGGCAAAAACCUGGUGACCCGAGAACAGUUUUCGCGCCAGACGUACCAGCAGAAGGUGGAUUUCGCCAAGCUCAAGGGCGAAAUGCAGCACUUUGACAAGUCCGGCUUCAACAAGAUCACCAGCGAGCACGACCGGCUAAAGAAGGAACUGGAAAAGAUGCGCCAGCGACUCAAGGAGGACAUUACAAAGACCAACGCGCACGUUCGGCUGGAUCUGUCGCUGGAGAAGGGCCGAAUCAAGACCGAGGCGGCCGCCCACGAAAUGAAAAUCCAGGACACAGCCUCGCGAGUCGAGCAGGAAAUCUCGCAGACAAAGUCGUACAUUGAUACCACCAAGGUGACCGUUCUGCAGUGGCUCGUUGGUAUCUUUUCCGGAGCCGUUGCCAUCGCCUUGGCUUACAUUCGGUUUUUGACCUAA